CCUAUCAAAUAUCAAUCCAUCCGCAUGUUGAAAAUUUUACCACUUAAUUUAAUUCUUGAAAGGGAACACAAUCAAAGGGUAACUUUUAUUUUAUUUUUGCUUGUUCAAAAGUUCGAAACUCAAUCAAAUAAUUGGCUGGUUUUUUGAGUAUCCCAUUUUCUCAUUAUUAUCUCUAAAAAAAGCCAAAAUAUUUAUUGAUGACCUACCAGCGACUCUUCCCCCCUUGUUUCCUUUGCACAAGCUUUGGUUUUGUAUUGCAUACAAAAAAAAAAAAGGGCUAAGCUUUAGACAGGGUUUUCUCCCCUUUAAAUGUUGCAGUUGGUGUAGUUAGCUAUCUGCCAUCCAGCUUUCUUUUUCAUCAUUCAGCUCCUCUUUAAUUAUAAGUAUCUGUCAGGGUUUUUGGCCAUGACUUCUAUAUUAUUGAAGAUCAAGCUGUUGUUUUGAAGAGAAAAAACAGAAAGAUGGAUUCGACACUCGAUUCCAGGCUUGUUUCUCAACCUGUUGAGAUGAAAAACAGAAAAAGAGGUGAUGACGAUGAUGAUCACGGCUCGAACAAGGCUAAAAGACGGUCGAUUGCUUUGGUGUCUUACAAGGAGUUGCCUGAGUACAUGAAGGACAAUGAGUUUAUACUGGAUUAUUACAGGGCUAAUUGGUCUCUCAAGGAAGCUCUCUUUAGCAUCUUUCGUUGGCAUAACGAAACACUUAAUGUUUGGACGCAUUUACUUGGGUUUGUUCUAUUUUUUGGAUUGACCAUGGCGAAUUUCAUGAAAGUGCCACAAGUAUCGAAUCUCAUUAUCUUCUUUGUCAGGUGUUUUCCAAUUAGUGGCGACACCAAUGUUUCUCAUGAUUCCAGAGACCUCUUUCUGGGGACAACAAAUGUCAUUGAUUUGAAGCGAAUAACACCAACUCCGGGAUUGGAUAUUGCCCUUCCGGUGACGCCUGUUACACUGUGGCCAUUAUAUGUGUUCUUAGGCGGCUCCAUGUUCUGCCUCCUAUCAAGCAGCAUUUGCCACCUCUUUUCUUGCCAUUCACACCAUCUAAACCUUACAUUGUUGCGAAUAGACUAUACCGGGAUUGCUACCAUGAUCAUCACAUCAUAUUUUCCGCCAAUCUACUACAUUUUUCAAUGUGAUCGACAAUGGCAGUUAGUCUACCUUGGUGGAAUCACAGCUCUAGGUUUGUUCACCAUUGUAACACUGCUAUCACCAACUUUGUCAACGGGUAAAUAUCGUGCAUUUCGAGCUUUACUCUUUUCUUUAAUGGGGCUCUUUGGCAUUGCCCCUGGAAUCCAUUCUGCAAUUGUCAACUGGUCUAAUCCGUGUCGCAACAUCACUCUGGCCUACGAGUCUGCCAUGGCUAUAUUCUACUUGACAGGGGCCAUGUUCUAUGUUAGCCGAAUUCCAGAGAAGUUGAAGCCUGGAUGGUUCGACUUAGCAGGGCAUAGUCAUCAAAUAUUUCACAUUCUGGUAGUGAUGGGAGCGUUGGCUCAUUAUGGUGCUUCUCUUGUAUUUUUGGAGUGGCGCGACCGGCAUAGCUGUUAAAAAUUUAUGCAUCACAGUACGUUUGUUUAAUUAAGUCAUGUGACUGUGAGUAACAUUCAUGUAUUGUUGUUGUUGUUUUUUUUUUUUUUUAAUCUUUUGUCUGCCCGUUUUGGAUUUAAGAUAUGGGCCUAUGAGGAAGGAGAAAAAUCCUUAGUCCACAAUGGGUCCAUGAAACACAUCCAUGAAUCGAGGGUCAGUUCAUAGACGAAAUGGAGUGGCCUAAAGGCCAAAUUAGGCCCAUGAAUUCUUCGUAGGACACAUUGUUAAAAACACCAACCCAUCACCACAUACGAUUGUGAUCGUUUGGUAAGGAUAUUGCUAAAAACAUCAUAGUUGCAGCCGAAAGGUACCCAUAUUGGAAUAGAACCAGAGGAAGGGAGGGAGCCAUAUUUUUGUGGUCUCUGAUCAUGAUUGGGAUAGUUUUAAAUGAU